AUGGCCCGUACCAUUAGACUGAUCGAGCCGCCAGGCAAACAUCGGCCUGGCACUGCGUCUGCCUCCUUGACCCGCCGAGGAAGCGCACAACGGCCACCGCAAGCCACCCCGCCUCAGUUUUCACAAAGUCACGGAUCCCCAACGAACUCUCUAGGCGGUCUGUACAGCAAGAAUCUUCUAGGCUUUCCCGCCCUGCUCUUAGCUCUGCAUCCGCGCUCAGAACUCAAGAAAAACAACACCACGACUCAUUUUCUCAAAAACAACACGCUCCCGAAGCCUUUUGUUUACCCAAGUCGACGACGGCGACCUCAUUUCUUAUCUGGCUGUCUACCAAAGCACUUGCUACGACUCCUAUUCAAGAUGUCUUCCUCCACUCGUCAGGUCCGCGGGCUCAACAUUCACCCCGACCACAACAAUCAGUUCUUCUUCCGCCGCGCCAACGAGGGUGCUGUUGUUCUUACUUACACCAUCCCUCGCCGACACAAGUCGCGCCGUGAUUUGGAUGACAGCAUCAUGAAGAUCAUUACCCUCCUCGCCCAAGUUCGCAAGGAGAUGACCAUCCUGGCCUCCGAAGGACCCCUGGGCACCGACGCACUCGGUGACCUCGUUGAGGAAGCCCGCCUCAUGGUUCAUGGGGCAGUUUUUGUUAUCAACAGAUUCUACCAUGACCGCGAGGAAGGCCUCCGUACCGCUCGCCAGCGCGAGUAUGCCCUGCUCCGCCAGCAAGGCUACGGUUGUAUUCUCUACCGUGUCCACCACGCCUUGAUCACCAUUCGGCGUGAUUUCCAAUUCCAUUACCAGCAAUUCAUUGCCAGCCGAGAUUCUAGAAUCUCUAAGCUCCACGACGCCCUCCACAAGGUUGAGGUUCAGAAGCUUGCCCUGAUCGCUCAGGGUGGCACUACCCCUUACUAG